UAUGAACAGUAACUACUCUUGGGUGAUAUACAAAUAUAAUCAAAGUGAGGAAUACAUAGAUGCCAAGAAAGAGACACAUGCUAACUGGAUGAGGUAUGUGAAUUGCGCUCGUAAUAAUGAAGAGCAAAAUCUUGUGGCAUUCCAGUAUCAAGGGAGAAUUCUAUAUCGCUGCUGUCAAAACAUUAAACCAGGACAGGAGCUCUUGGUGUGGUCUGAAGAGGAGCAUGCUAAAGAUUUUGACAGUAUGUUUGACUGCCUCAUUAAGAAGUAGUGU